AUGCUUUCAACCGCUCAUAUCAUCCUGUCACUUUUUUCGACCGUCCCCCUUAUUUAUACCAUUGGUAGGGAUAGAUUUUUGUUCGUCUAUAUUAUCGGUUUCCGUUCAGACCUGUCCGAACAGAAAACCCGUCUAAAGAGCUCUCUUGAAUCCGGAAAAAUCCCUCAGAAUCUGAUUCCCUAUUUGAAUUUGACGGCGGUCGAGGAGCAAAAGUCGAAAAGCAACGGAAGUUUGGAUUUUAUCAUUCGUGACGAUGACGUGGCAGAAGAUGACGUGGCAAGCGGUCCGCCCGUGUUGGACAUCAACGAAAUGUACUACGACGGCAAUAAGACGGUGGUGAAGAUCUCCGAGGAGGCCACGUAUCAGCUCAUUCAGAAAUGGGUCGAUCAGGCCGCUUCCGGCUUCAUGUCGGCUAUGAUGAGUUCCAAGUACGUUUUCUUUUGUGUGAAAUAUUGUAGGGCUAGGGAUGGGCUCGAACCAUGGUGUCUAGAUUGAUAGCCUAGUGUGCUAGCCACCUUACAAUCCGGUCAUAUGCGAAUAAAAUUGACAAAAAUGGAUUGGCACUCUUGGAUCCACGAACUUGUUGAGCUUUUUGGACUGAGAGGCAAGCAUCGUUCUCUAAAAGUGCCAAGUUCAAGGAUCGAAGAGUGCCAAUCAAUUUUUGUCAAUUUUAUUCGUGUUAUGACCCGAGGUCAAGUGACUGACACACUUGGCUACCAAUCUAGACACCAGGGUUCGAACCCCACGUGGGACAAAACCUUUUUGCAACCCUUUUCAUGACAUUUUUCCAGAAUUCACGAUAAACGUCUGACAAAUCACGAUCGAAAGCGGCACAAUAAUUGCACAAAAGCGGCGACUUCGAUCGAAGAGCACGCCAAGUGUGUCGUGCACAUUUUGAAUCGAUUAGACGAUCAACGACGCAAAUCGAGGCGAUUCAGAAAGUUGAAGUUUCGGAGGACACGAUUUCGGAGGGAUGUACUCGCCGAGCCCGAGUUUGUGGUGCAUCACAAGGCGAAAUACGAGCUGAAGGAGAAGGCCGAUGUGAUUUCGCCGUUUUCGAUGAUUGCGAAACAGCUGACGAAUAUGGUGAGGGAGCGGAAGAAAAAAGAGAAGGAACCCAAGAAAAAGUGAGUUUUUAUCCACCUAUUGUCCAAUUAAGUUGCAAAAAAAAAACCAACGCGAAUGAUAUUGUCGUUUUCCUCAAACAGAUGGCAAAACGUGAUUUCGGAGAUCAAGGACGAAGUGGAGAGAAUAAAGCGAAAAAAGAAGAGUCGAGACGAUUUGCGGCAAAAGUUUUCGAAAUAUUCAAGAGUCAUGAAGUCGUUGGGAAUCGAUCCGAAGGAGGCGUUCAAGAAAAUGGUACAGUAAUUUGAUAGGCCAAACUACAGUACCCCCAGGCAACAAUUUGCAGGGAUUAGAGUCAUUUGGAGACGAAGUUUCAGCCGCUAAUGAAACCGGAAAAAUGACGGAAAAUGAGAGAAUGUUGAAGAAACCGUUGAUGAUGAUUCGAGACGGUGGGCUGCUACAGUAACCCACCUCCUACAGUAGCCCAAUGAUUUCCAGGCGUCAAGCUCGGAAUGAUGUUGGCCGGCAAAAACGUUUCGAAUUUCGAUGAGCGUAAAAUCGCGCUAAUAUCGCCCCAGUUUAUGAGUGUUUCACCCGACGAACACGCCAACGAUACAGUAAUCCGAACCGGCAACUCUGCUUUUUUUUUUCGGCGCAAGUACAGUAGUCCAGCAAUUUCAGGUCAAUUUACUAUCGCCCUCGGUAUUGGCGCUUCACGACAAAGGAAGUGAACUCGAAAAAAUGCUAUCGUUGUCCAAGGCCGCGAAAUUUUUAUCGGAAAACGGAAACGAUGAAUGGAUGAAUUUUGUGUUGGAAGCUUCUGGAGUUACCGAAGCCGUCGAGAGGCUCAGGGUGAACUUUUUGCGGUUUUACAAUAUCAGUUUUCCACACAUGUCUCUAUCUCAGUUUUGAGCGAAUAUUGUCGAGUUGCGAAACGUUUUUGUGAAAACUUCAUACCUAGUGCUUUGUUUUUGCAGUUGACAUUUUUUUUCUACGACCACUCUCUGGAGUACUGUAGCUCUUGGAAGUUGGCACUGAAAUACAGUAGCUAGGAGUUGAUCGUACCAGAAAAGUCUCAACUACAAAAGUACAUGUCAAUUUUUCACCAUUCAAAGUCGCUUUUUGCAGAAUGACGAGCAGAAACAGGAAAUGGAAGCGUAUCGAAAGCAUUUUUCGAACGAGAAGGGUCAACCAAUGUAUUUCACGAAGGAAAAUGUGACGGAAAUGUACGGCGAUUAUGAGGCGUCGAAAAUCGAUUCGAUGGAACGAUUGCACAAAUCAAUGUCGGCGCAGCAGGUUGAGUUGAAAGCCGGACUUUGACCCCCUCACAAUGAUCUGGUCGGGCCCGAACUUUGCAGGCUUUUAGGGCUUGGGUUGAAGUAUUUUGGGUCCGAGUUUCAGACUGAUCCGAUUAUCUGGGGAACUCGGGACUUCAGAUGAUCGGAUCGGUCUGAAACCUGUCCAAGAAGUGUGCAAAGUUUGUCCCUAACAGUCCCAAAAUGCCUCCCUUCUCUUUCAGAUGCUCGAAAUGAACACAACUGGCUACGCGAUCAUGAGCAACGAACAAAUGAGCCAAUUGUACGGUCCGGGCUCGCCGUACAACGAUUCGCAUGCGUACGAGAAUUAUCGAAAGUUGAGACGCGACGAGAUUCCGUACAUUUUGGAGCACAACAUUCAUCGACUGGCCCAAGAGACGAACGCGUUCAAAAUUGCCAGGAGGGUCAGUCAUUUCGAAUCGCCGUUUCCUUUCGGCAAGAUUUCUAAGAAAUUGCACAUAUUUUGACGUGUUUUGCACAGUACAAAUGCAAUUCGUGCACAACUUUCUAUCAAAAGUUGCUCAAAGUUUGCGCAUUUGCAGAAGGACAUCAUCUUGUCGCCAGUGCUGUUCACGUGGAUCACACUGCUUCCGUCGACCGCCUCUCAACCGAUUGUCCUUUCUCCGUUGGUCUUCAGUCCCCUGAUCCUAUCUCCGUCGGCUCUCGGCCCACUUAUCCUUUCUCCCUGGAUAUUCACUCCUCUGAUAUUGUCGCCCCGUGUUCUUGCCCCGAUCAUUCUGUCUCCCACCAUCUUCUCGCCUCUUAUCCUGUCUCCGCUCGCCCUGUCGCCACUGAUAUUGUCUCCCGCCGUCGCUGUCCCGCUCAUUCUGUCUCCGUUCGUUCUAACUCCGUUCAUAUUGACUCCACUCGUAAUGGUGCCCGUGAUUUUGAAUCCGUUUUGUUUGUCGCCGUUCAUCGGCACUCCCAACACUCUGUCCCCGCUGAUAUUGUCGCCUUUCGUGUUGUCCCCGCUGAUACUGUCGCCUCCUUAUGUGAACGCGUUCGUCCUUUCUCCCUACUUCCUCUCGCCAAUCUUGCUUUCCGACGGAUUUCUCUUCACCGCCGUUCUUUCGCCUGCCAUUUUAAGUUAG